AUGCUCAGUAGACUUCAGGGUCAGCCUGAAAGCUAUGAUAAGAAGGCGAAAUAUCGCUUCGGCCGCACCCUUGGUGCCGGUACCUACGGUAUCGUCCGUGAGGCAGACGGUCCCACCGGCAAGUGCGCCGUCAAGAUCAUCUUGAAGAAGAACGUCAAGGGCAAUGAGAGAAUGGUGUACGAUGAGCUCGACAUGCUCCAGCGUCUCAAGCACCCCCACAUCGUCAAGUUUGUCGACUGGUUCGAGUCGCGUGACAAGUACUACAUCGUAACCGAAUUGGCUACUGGCGGAGAGCUUUUCGACCGUAUUUGCGAGCAGGGAAAGUUCACGGAAAAGGAUGCGUCGCAGACCAUCAAACAGGUCCUUGAGGCCGUCAACUAUCUGCACCAGAACAACGUCGUUCACAGAGACUUGAAACCUGAGAACCUGCUUUACCUGACCAGAGACAUUGAGUCCGAUCUCGUUCUUGCCGAUUUCGGCAUCGCUAAGAUGCUCGACCGCAAGGACGAAGUCCUCACGACAAUGGCUGGCUCCUUCGGCUACGCCGCCCCCGAAGUCAUGCUGAAGAAGGGUCAUGGCAAGCCCGUCGAUAUGUGGUCUAUGGGUGUCAUCACAUACACCCUUCUCUGCGGUUACUCGCCGUUCAGGUCUGAGAACCUCCAGGACCUCAUCGACGAAUGCAGCAACGCCCAAGUGGUCUUCCACGAGCGAUACUGGAAAGACGUGAGUGAUGAUGCCAAGGAUUUCAUCCUGCAUCUGCUGCAGCCCGAGCCAGUGAAGCGUUGGUCCAGUGAGGAGGCUCUGCGUCACCCCUGGCUCAGCGGAGAGAACGCCACCGACCACAACUUGCUGCCUGAGAUCAAGGCUUACAUGGCCAAGGCCAGGCUUCGUCGUGGUGUCGAGAUGGUCAAGCUCGCGAACAGGAUUGAGUUGCUCAAGACUCAGGAAGACGACAAGGAUGACUCUGAUUUCCCGGUCGACGCCGUCAGCGCCGCUGAUCAGGCCAAGGGUCACCACACAGAAGGCGGCGACAAGCGCAACUUGUCCAGGACAAUCAAGACUGCCAUUUUCCGUGAGGUUGUCUUGGCCAAGGUCCGCGAGAUGAAGCAGCAGCAGGAUACCCUCAAGGUGAAGGAGGAGGCGGAGAAGGAGCACAGGAGACGCAGUUUCCAGGGUUAA